AUGUCUGAAACUACUCCAGAAUUCCAAGAAUUUGAAGAUUCACAAAACGAUAAAUACAAAGUCACCGCAAAAAAAACUUUAGACGAAUAUAAGAAACUAGAUGCGGAGGAUGAAUCUCUAGCAAGAUGGAAAAAAUCUCUAGGAUUGGAUUCCGACGUCUUACCAUUAGAAUUCCCCGGUGAUAAAAGAAAAGUCGUCAUUCAAAAGAUUCAAUUAUUAAUCAACACAGAAAAAUCACCAAUUACUUUCGACUUAACCAAUGAAAAAACUAUCAAAGAAUUGGCUUCGAAACGUUACCAAAUUAAAGAAAAUGCUAUCUAUAAACUAAAAAUAACUUUCAAAGUACAGCAUGAAAUUAUUACAGGAUUAAGAUAUGUCCAAUAUAUAAAGAAAGCUGGGAUUGCUGUGGAUAAAAUCGACGAUCAUUUGGGUUCCUACGCUCCCAAUACGGAAGCUAAACCAUAUUAUGAAGUCGAACUACCGGAAAGUGAAGCUCCAAGCGGAUUCUUCGCUAGAGGUAAUUAUAGUGCAGUGUCUAAAUUUAUUGAUGACGAUAAGACUACCCAUUUGACAUUGAAUUGGGGUGUUGAGAUCGUCAAGAAGUAG